UACUAGCCAUGCAGCAGUGUGGGUGGGCAACGGAAACGGUUAGGGGGAGAGAGAGAAGGAGAGGGAAGGAGGAUGAGAUGAGAGAAGGGAGGAAAAGGAAGGAGAAGGGGAGGAGGAGGAGGAGGAGGAGGAGGAGGAGGAGGAGGAGGAGGAGGAGGAGGAGGAGGAGGAGGAGGAGGAGGAGGAGGAGGAGGAGUGUGAGGAGAGAAGGGUGGAGAGGGUGCUGGGGGACCCCUAGGACUGUACCGUAUUUUUGAGAAAUCUCAAAAAUACCCAGCAAACUG